AUGGUAAAUAAUAAUGGAAUACCCUUUGAGGUAAAAAAGCCGUUUGAAACGGUAUACGAAAUAAAAAAUAAAACUCCCUCUUUUGAAGAAUUCAUGAAAACUUAUCAAGAAGAUAAAAGAGCAAAUGAGAGUUAUAAAAAUGAGAUUGCUGGUUAUGGAAAUGUUGGUGUGUUCAGAGGUUAUGGAUCAUGUAGUCGAUAUGAUGCUUGUAAGGCAGCAUCUGAAAUUGUAAGAGAAGUGGAAGAAGUUCACGAGGUAGAAAAUUAUAUCCCUACUUAUGAGGAAUUUCUAAAAAAUUAUCAGGUUGACCAAGCAGUAAAUAACAGUUAUGAGAAUGAAAUAGAAAGCUAUAGCGAUGUUGGGGUUAAUAAGGGUUUUGGUCCUUGUUAUGUUUGUAAUAAGCCAAUAGAUUGGACAAGCUUAUAUAUUCCUUGUCCUGUCGCUGGUUGUAGUAGCACAAAUUUUACUACUCAAACUCAUUCAAAUGGGUGUGGGGGAAAUUUAGAAGUAUCUACCAGAGGCUAUAUUAGAUUCAUGGCGGAGGGGGAGAUGGAUGAGUUAAUAAUCGGUCUUUUAGAAAGGCUUUGGGUUUGGCUCUCGCAAUGGACAAUGUUGAUCAACCAAGAAUAUUGUUGCUCUUGUGCUUAUCAGAUAGAGCAAGAAAGAGCAAGGGAAUAUUCCUCUUAUCAGUUAGUUUAUCAGCGAAAAAAGCAAGAGAAAAAAGAUAGCAUUCAGCAGCUACAACUAUUAAAGGAUUAUCCAGGUUGUCGUAGUUGUAGCAGUAAAGAAAUAGAUGCCUAUAAUUUGUAUGAAAAUAACCAAUUAGUUUGUCAACCUUGUUUAAUAAGAAAAGAGGGUAGGAGUAGCAGUCCAAUUAGUUUAACGGAACAGCAAAAAUGGUAUAAAAAGCAUUGGAAAAUAGAUUUAGGGGAGUGA